GGGAGGAGAGGGGAAACAAUAAUAAACAGCAGGGAGGUUAGCGGCCCGACAGCAGGAGGCGUUCAGGUAACACAAAGCCAAGGUCAACGUACUGCUGUGAGCGCGAGCUCGUGCUCUGCCGGGGGUGGAAACCGCUGACGCUGACGCUAGACACUCAUUUGUAUUCACGAGGCGCGCGAGGCUCGUUGCGCAGGGACGUUAUACGUGGUGUCCCCUGAGGCCGUGCGCGAGGAGAAUUCCCCAAAAAGUGCUGAUGCGUCAAAAGCGCGUGACCGACACCGCUCAAGACUGACUCAUUCGUCCGAACAGAGAGGGUGAAAGAAGAAGAAGAUGGAGACAUGUUGAGCCGCGAUCUCCAUCUGUGAUGGGAGGACGCUGGUGGAUGGCGGCGGGAUCCGAGAUACACGCGUAAAAGACAGCAUCCACGGAGGAGGAGGAGGAGGAGGAGACGAUGAAGCUGAACGAGCGCAGCGUGGCGCACUACGCCACCUGCGACUCGCCGCCCGACAAGACGGGCUUCCUGUUCAAGAAGGGCGAGCGCAACACGGCGUACCACCGCCGCUGGUUCGUGCUGAAGGGCAACAUGCUCUUCUACUUCGAGGAGCGCGACGCCCGCGAGCCCGUCGGCGUCAUCGUCCUGGAGGGCUGCACCGUGGAGCUGUGCGAGUCGGCCGAGGAGUUCGCCUUCGCCGUCAAGUUCGACUGCGCCAAGGCGCGCGUGUACAAGAUGGCCGCGGACGGCCAGGCGGCCAUGGAGUCGUGGGUGAAGGCGCUGUCGCGGGCCAGCUUCGACUACAUGCGGCUGGUGGUGAAGGAGCUGGAGAGGCAGCUGGAGGAGAUCCAGGAGGCCGGGGGCGCGGGCCUGCAGGCCAGGCCCAAGCCCUCCAGGCCAAACCAGGUGGCCCGCUCCAGGUCCGGGGCGUCCACGUCUUCUUUGUCGUCGUCGUCUUCGUCGUCGUCGUCGGCAUCGAAGGGCCUCCAGGAUGAGCUGCAGCUCCCCUCCGAUCGCUCCAAGGAGAACGGGGUGGCGUGGAGUGUCGACGGAGCGUCCUGCGUGGCGUGGGAGGCUUGCGCGGACCCCGGGAAUAGCCACGGGGCCCGGGCGCCGCCGGUGCCGCCCAGGAGAAGAGGAGCGUCUCUGGAAAGCCCCGUCUCCCCCGGCACCGGCUGCUUCUCCAAACUCCACGACUGGUACGGCCUGGAGGUGGCGGAGCUGAGAACGCAGUGGCUGCAGAGCCAGUGACCUCACGGGGGCGGAUUAUCUCUUCUUUCUUUUUAUUUUCAUUUUCUCCACUGUUCCAUUCCUUUCUGAUCAUUCUGCAGCGCUCCAGAAGGAGACUUCUUGUCAAACCGAUUGAUUCCAGAUGUCUGGCACAAGGGAAUCGAUCCGGCUGAAACAUCCAGACUAUCCGCGGUACAAUCCAAGACAUUUGGAAAGUGGAAACACACAUUAUCCUCUUUUCCACGGGCAUCUGCCUGCACACAGAGUUUUAAUAUAAUGUUCUAACAGCAUCAGCCUUUUCCGACAGGUUUGGCCUCGUCGGAAAAAAAAUACGCCGUUCUUUUAUAUUUGCCAAUGUUCAAGAUUUCUUCCGCCCUUCGAGCUUCCAAAUAUACCGAAUGUGUGCAAUUACCUUUUAGGGGUCAGCUUUCCUUUAAGCGGGAGCAACCUUGAUCCAAACCGGGUUUUUUCUUCUACUGGAUGAGCUCUGCAUGCAAACUAUGGUGCUAAGCAGCUGAAGAAUGACCCCCCAAAAACAAAACAAAAACACCAAAUCACUAAAAUCACCACCGCAUUUAAAUGACGGAAGGCCACAUAAACGCCUCACUAAGGUCACCGCAUCCGCUCAGCAGGAGCCGGGGACUUCGGCGGGAGCCGGAUGUCUCGCUCGGAGCGGCGUGCUGGUAUUUUUAGCCCCUGAUUCGUCUCUGGUGACGCCGUGUGACGCCGUGUCACUCAGGUGAAACAGCAUCACCAGUGGCCCGUCACUCGGUUCUCUUUGGACUCUCGCGUCGCUCCUGAAAAAGGAGGCCGCGUCUCCUUGAACUCGUCCGUCGGAGUCCCGACGUACAAAUCGUAGCCUCCUGGUUUUGCCGUGCUGUCCGCUCGGUGACAGCUGAUUCAGAGUGGCCUUUACUGUCUGUAUCUGACCCCUUUGUGUGUGUGUGUGUGGGUUCAUAUUUAACUUCCAUGUUGGAAAAUUAAUGCCAGCAGUCUGCAAAAUGGGCCUUUUUUUCUCUUUUCUUUAAUGCUUGCUCAUACUGUGUCAUUGUACUACUUCUGUUUUUCUAUAUCCAAUCACAUUCUUUCAUUUUAUUAUAGGCCUUAUGUUGUCUUUGUAACUUUAUUAUUGCACUUGCAUCCAUUCCCAUCGGACGAUAGUGGUGAGAGGGUUCCUGAACUUUCUUCCUGCCUGACAAUGGCUCUGUUCCUUCAGUCUGCAUCAUUGCACAGCAGUAUUAUGGCUGUUACACACACAGCUUCUACGAGACAACUGCGGGAAGGAGUGAUACAGUGUGGAUUGUGUGUCGAGCCGAUGUGCUCUUGACAUGUAUAAACUCAAAGUAUUAUUAUUGUUGUGCCAUUUCUAUUAACUCCGGAGGACCAUUGGAAUAAUCAAGGAUGAUAACGGUCUGCGUUUACUUAAAAAAACGAGGGAUUUGUGAAUGUGUCAAAAUAACCAUAUGAAUGCUGAGUGUGCCAAAUGAAGAAUGCGACCUAAAAUGCACAAAUCAAAUUGUUUUUCCGCCAUUGACUUCCACGAAUGUAGUAACAAGAGAGUUGUUUUUAAAUGACCAAUAAUAUUGAACACAUUGUCUUGAUAUGAUACCCUGAUUACACGAUGUCUGUUGAUGAAGCAUUUCCUGUUAACCGAUUAAUAAACGCCGUUAACGUGAUUCAUUGCUGAUCUAAGUACUUGAGUUUAAAUUGUCUUUAUAAUAAAGUUGCAAUGGCUAAAGCGUG